AUGGCUGAGGAGGGGUACAAGGUGUCCUUGAACGUGUAUGACUUAAGCCAAGGUCUAGCCAGGCAACUAUCGACUACAUUUCUGGGGAGGACUAUUGAAGGCAUAUGGCAUACAGGACUAGUUGUUUAUGGUAGCGAAUAUUACUUUGGAGGUGGCAUACAAAGCUCUCCAGUUGGAACAACACCUUAUGGGACUCCAAUUCGAGUAGCAGAUCUUGGCAUCACACAUGUGCCAAAGGAUGUAUUUGAAACAUAUUUAGAAGAGAUUGGCCCCCGGUACACAGUGGAAACAUAUAGUUUGCUAACUCAUAAUUGCAACAACUUUAGUAAUGAAGUUGCACAGUUUUUGGUUGGUGCUUCUAUACCAGACUACAUUUUAAAUCUCCCAAAUGAAGUUUUGAGCAGUCCCAUGGGUGCUCUCAUGUUACCUAUGAUACAGCAAAUGGAGGCGACACUAAGAGCAGGUGCGGUCCCUCAGGCACCCCAGUUCAGGCCUUCAAUGAUGGCUCCUGUUAGUGAGUCACCUGUCGCUAGGCUCGACCAAUUGAUAAGGACAAAUGAUGAUGUUGAGAGAAUCUCAAAACUGGAAUCUACCAGUUGUGGAGAACAACAGAAUGAAAGGAACAACGUUAUCUCCCCUGCUAGUGACCCCCAAGAGACAAUUUCCAAUAACGGUCCUGUCGUGGACCUGCUUGGGGAUGCUCGAAGCAAAGUGCAAGAGGAGAUUAGCAGUGAAUUUGCUGCACUCAUGGCAACUGGGACACUGGGCGCAAGUGAGGCUGCUGCACUAGCAACUAAGAAAGUGAUGCAGAGAUAUGGACAUCUGAAUGCUGCACAGAGCUAG